AUGUGGCUGCUGGAGGCACUGGGGCAGGUGAGAAGAACAGCCCGAGUGACGCCUGUGACCGUGGACAGAGGGCUGGCAGAGAGCCCUAUCCCACACGUUGCAGUGGGCACAGGCCGGGUGCAGGCGGCGCUGGCUGAACGUCAGGAAGCCCUUCACUGCGCCGUCGUGUGGCCAACAUCUGGUACUGCAAAUGCGGCGAAGGGGGGGCCGCGGUGUGGCGCCGGGCGCCGCUCGCUGCUGCCAUCAUGUGUCCGGAAUUCGGUGCUGCAGCUCGGGCUCUGCGCAUGCGCCGCGGCACUCCCAUUGUCCCCGCUGCUGUUCGCCGGAAGUGGCGGCGCGAUCCUGCGGGCUAGUGCCGCCUGGUCGCCGCUGCCUCACGGUGAGGAGCCGCCGCCGCCGCCGCCGCCGCUCCACGCUCAGGUGUCCGCGGGCGCGCGGGGUGCUCGUGGCCGCAGCCCGGUGUUCGCGCGCCGGUUCUGGUCCUUCCGGCGCGCCGUCGGCGAGUGUCGCAUGCGCAGCGCCCGGGAGUGGCGCGGCGGCGCGCAGGGCCCGGGUCCCGGCAGCGGCGGCAGCAGGGGCAGCAGCACUGCCAGCGAUGGGGCUGACUGCUGGAGCCAGCCAGCCCGGAAACCCUUACUGGAGUGGACAGCUAUUACGUGCGUGGAGAGUCUCUCUCUGAGGCACCGUACAGACAUUGUGUGCCGUGUGAUCUUCAUAGUCGUCAUUCUGGGUUACAUUGCAUUAGGAGUUGUGACUUGGGUGCAUGGCGACCCCAGGGAAGUGAUUUAUCCAACUGACAGCUACGGGCAGUUCUGCAGUCAGAAAGAUACCCCCAGUAAGAACAAGACCAUUUUGUUUUACUUCAACAUUCUGAAAUGUGCCAGCCCCGUAGUGUUAAUAAACCUACAGCGCCCUACAACACAGCUUUGUGUCUCACAGUGCCCAGACAGGUUUGUGACCUACAUUGAUGUUCAGGCUUCCUACAGAUACAAACCCGCUCGGUGGAAUUACUUCAAGCAGUUCUACAAACCUGGCUUUAACAAUCCUUGCAAGUCUGUUGCUCAAGUCCUACGUGAUGAAGAUUGUCCUUCGAUGAUCAUUCCAAGCAGGCCUUUUCUUAAGAGAUGCUUCCCAGACUUCUCCACGAAGAGCGGUGUGCUAACUGUGGCAAAUCAGACUACGUUCAAAGAUGGAAGAGUGAAAACAAGAAAUGUAACCAAUCUCAGGGAAGCUGCAAAACAGUGGGCUGUUCAUUGCAAUGAUUGUGAGUCUGCUCUUCCUUGUGUUAUUGAGGUUCACAGCUGGGGUUCUCUUCUGGAUUUUCAUCUUUGGUGUGAUUGGAAUUAUAGGUUAUGGCAUCUGGCAUUGUUACUGGGAGUAUGACCAUCUGAAAGGAAUACCUGGAUCUGACCUCACUGUUUAGGAUAUUGGAUUCCAGAGGGACUUCAGUGUUCCUGCAGCUGAGGCAAACAUAGUUAGCAUUUAUGCUUGGGACAAGCUAUAUUAACUUAAAGAGAGCUGAACUGGGUUGAGACCAACUUCAGAGGAACCUGACUACGUAUUCCUUCGUGGGGAAGCAUAUCAAAAAUAGUGACCAUACUUUGUGGUGUUGAGGUCAUAAUCAUACUGAUGCUGAUCUUCCUAAGGAACCGGAUCCAGAUUGCGAUUGCACUCUUGAAGGAAGGCAGUAGCAGCUCCUUGUCCCUCCAUGGAAGUCUCCUGGCCCUCCUGCUGCACUUUCUUCUAGUUGGGAUGCAACACUCCUGAGCACAUAGCAGGUGAUCCUUGAAUAUCAACCAGCAGUCUUGGGCCCCCCUGCCCUCUAGGACUAUAUCCCAUGGAACCUUACUAAGCAGGUUCCUGAAGAGGCCAAAGUCUGCUUUCUUGAAGUCAAGGGCAGUGAGCUUGCUGCAUGCUCUUCUCACUGUCCUGAGGAUCUCAAACUCAACCACCUUGUGAUCACUAGAGCCAAGGCUGCCCUGGAGCGUCACAUUUCCAACCCGUCCCUCCCUGUUGGUCAUAUUGUCUUCAAUUAAUGCUGAGCUGGAAUAGCUACCUAUGGUACAAUACGGUGUAGAUACUUAAUCAGGUCUAGAAGCCAUUUCAGGAGCUGUAUUAGCCCAUCAUUACUGAUGCUGCUAUGUAGCGCUCAGUUCAUGAGCAGUAUCAGUUUACUUUGCAGUAUGGACUGUGAAUCUUCAUGCGUUGAUGAUUCCAAUCAUAGCAUAUGAAUUGAUAUGUAAGUGAACUGAACAUUACCUGAGGUGAUCAAGGCAUCACAAUCUUUUCCCACCAGAUGAGUCAGAGCACAGGUCUUCUUUAGGAGUAAUAACAAGACCAAAGCCACUUAGCUUCUCCCAUAAAUCUACACCUGCAGUUUGCACAGCCAGGCAUGAACGUGCGUCCACCAAAAGAAAUGGACUGUCAUGUGUAGCUUUCAGUCCCCUUUACCAGUCGACUCUCUCAUCUAAAUAAUUAAAUGACUAAAAGCUACACCAGGCAAUUAGAGUUCCCCAAAGUUUAAACCUGAGAAAAUGUUUUGGCACUUCUCUCUUGAAGUCUGCUCCAUUUAAGCAGACCACCAAAUUUGGCAGCGCUUCUUUGUUAGCCUGGGGUACUGCCAUUGAGGUGGACAAAGAGGACAUAGAGAACAGGUUCAGAGAAGAACUGUAUUCUGACAGAAAUGCAUACAGAUAGUCCCAGUAUCAAGUGGAUCUGUGUAGGCAUAGUACACACCCAGAUAAUCAAUGCAAUAACAUAGAACAGAAGUAGAAGGAAUACUAGUUCCUCGUUUCCUGUGCUUGUAUAACUAGGUACAUAUGUCGUAGUAGCAGAGUUGAUGACCCCUGUACUUGAUGUGCUCACAGCAGUAUAAAAAUAAAUUAUGAAAAAUACCUUAGUCGUGAAACUGGCUUUCAGGUUUCCUGUUUUAAUUACUUUUCAAGUUUUGCUCUUUAUAUUUUUCUUUAUUCUUGGAGUCUAACCAUACUUGCUACAGAACACAAACACAAUGUUAAUUUAGAAGCGAAGUGUUAUGGGAUUCUUUCUGUAGUAACAAGUCGUGAAGAUUUGCAUGACAGUCAGAAUCUGUACCUGAAAGUGGCUGGUAAUUCUUCCCAAGUGCUGCAUGUUAGUCUUGCUCGCUACAGGAAAGUAAAAAUCAGGGAAUCGAGCCAGAGUUUGGCUUUUGCUCUGCAAGAAUGACUUUGUUUCAGAACGCGCUAGUUGAAAAAUAUGAAGCUUUCCAUACCAACUCUGCAGUGCUCUGUAUCCUUUUUCUCCUUUAGUUCGUCCAGAAUUUACAGAUACUUUAGCCAUCAAGCAGGGAUGGCAUCCCAUUCUUGAAAAGAUAGCUGUGGAAAAACCUGUGCCUAACCAUACAUACUCGACAGAGGGUAACAACUUUGUCAUUAUUACGGGACCAAAUAUGAGUGGAAAAUCAACGUACCUAAAACAGAUUGCUCUUUGUCAAAUUAUGGCACAGAUUGGUGAGUGAAAAUGUACCAUGUUAGUAAUCUUCUGUAGACAGUUGUUUUCUAAUUAAAAAUACUUAUGAGGUUGAAUGAUUUGGCUUUGAGAGUAAGAUUCUGUCUAAAUAGUACCAGGUGUUUUUUAGUUUGCUUGCUCCUACCAGCUCUUUUGUUGCUGACGGAAGCCACUGCAAGGUUUUGGGUCUGCCAUUGGCCCUGUUUGUGUAUCUGGAAGCCUCCCCAGUCUGUCUUUAGGAGAGGUGCAGUUGUAUGCUUUAGUUCUUUGGAGCCCCUUAACCCAGUCAAGCACCUUAUAUUGGACUGAUAGCGAGCGUCCUUGAAGCGUGCUCAUCAAGCUAUGUACGUCUUGGUAAUCCAAAAGGAACGUGAGGAGUUCGUGAGUAUAGGGAUGAGCCUCAGCUAGACUCCUCAUGUUUUUUGCCUUACAGAUAAAGGUAACCACCUGUUCCACAGCAGGCUGGUAGCACAGAAGAAACACCUUAAUAGGCUGACCCUGUCUCUACUAGAAUGAAAUUACUUAGCAGUGGUGAAUAAAAUUUGUCUGCCAUGUGUUUGUGGGUGCAGUCCCCAAGAACUGCAAGUUCUUCAGGAAUUGCUCUCAAAAAACAGGAGUUUAAUAUGAAUAAUGGAGAGUGUAAAGUCUUUGUCAGGUUUCCUGUUCUUUUCUAUUCAAGAAGACUAAUGAGCCUUGAAGUUUCAUAAAGGCACUAUAAUCUCGUUUUGGGGAAACUAAGAUUCGUUGGGAUUAAUAACUCAAUGGUUACAGAAAUGUAGAUUCAUCCUAGUGUUACUCUCACUUUUUUUGUAUCAGUCUAAAGGGCUGAUACACAGCUUCAGGCAUAUGAUUUCUUAAGGUUUUACAGAUAAACUUCUUUAAUUAUGUUAUCUGUAUAAUAAUAUUUUCUUACAAAGUAGUGGUAGAACAUAAUCUUAUGAAACUUUAUCAAAUAAGAUGCAUUCUCUACAGUGCACAAUGGGCAAGUGUAAAACUAACAUGUUUCCCCACUGGCAUAUUCAGGCAGCUUGGCAUGUCAGACCGAUACUAGAAAACUCAUAUUUUACUUGUUUUGCAGGUUCUUAUGUCCCAGCAGAGUAUUGUUCUUUUCGAAUAGCAGAGCAGAUAUUUACCAGAAUAGGUAUGGAUGAUGAUAUAGAAACAAACGCAUCAACAUUCAUGAAGGAAAUGAAAGAGGUAUUGAACAUGGCUAAGCCAGGGUCCAAGGCCCAUUUUUACUGUUAGAGAACAUACAUCAUACAAAACGCUAAUGACAAAUCACUCGUCAUAAUUGAUGAACUUGGCAGAGGUACCGGCGCUGAAGAAGGAAUUGGCAUUUGUUACGCUGCCUGUGAAUAUCUGCUGAAUUUAAAGGCAUUUACAUUAUUUGCUACACAUUUCCUGGAACUGUGUCAUAUAGAUGCCUUAUAUCCCAAUGUGGAAAACUACCAUUUUGAAGUGCAACAUGUGAGAAGCAGUGCUGGAAAUAAGGAGAAAGUUGCUUACACUUACGCACUCUCUAAAGGCUAUACGGAGGAAAAGAACUAUGGAUUAAAAGCUGCAGAAGUUUCCUCCCUACCAUCAUCUGUAAUUGUGGAUGCAAAGGAAAUCACAAAUCACAUUGCAAACCAAAUUUUGCACAGGCAGAAGAGCACUCCUGAGAUGAUGAGACAGAGAGCUGCGUACCAUCUAGCAAUGAGAUUGGUUCAGACUGCCAGAAAUUCUCGAUUGGAUCCGGACAGUUUGCGGAUAUAUUUGAAAGGCUUGAAGAAGAAGUAUGAAGCCAGUUGUCCUGCACCCGAACAGAACGAUGAGCAACAGUAACGUAUUGCACAAGCUGUAGCUCUAAUUUUUAUGACUGCGAGAUGAUUCUGGUUUUCCCCAUAGUAUUAGAAAACACUGUUUUCCACAUGUUUUUAGUUUCUUAAUUCUCAGUCUGAAUUAUAUUCACUACUGAAAGACCAUAUCCGUCACGGGGUUUUUCCACAAAACACACCUGAAAUAAAAGCAUUUACUUGAUAUGAGGAACACAGUUCUUUCUGAUAACGGACUAUAUCCCUUUGAUUAUUUUAUAGAGACAAAGAAGUUGUAUAACAUUUAAUAUUUUCUUCUGGUGUAUCUGCUGUUAUGGUUCUUACAUCUGAUAGUAAAGAUCUUGCCUAACAAAAAGCAGUCUUUGGAACAGACGGUCCACUUGCCUUGCACAGGCACUCUCUCCUUGCACUGUUGAACGUGCAUCCGUAAAUCCUGUUGCUGCCUAUUCCAGGAGGGUUCCAGCUCUCUCAGUCAUUACUCUUAAUCCAACGUCAAGUCCAGGCGCGCUUCCUCUCCAGAACUGGGCAGUCACAGCUUUUUGUAACAGCACAGUAACAGCAAAUUGCUGCGGUAUUGACGCGGUUGAUCAGGUUUUGUUUAGAAAGCGAGUAACAGGAAAUCAAUAGAAAGUUGAAUAUCCUUCCUCCUUGGGGUUUUGGGUUCUUUUUAGUACAACUUCAUUGAGCGGCCGCAGCCACGUAUUCCAGCGUGAACGAACGUGUCUUUCUUCACUUCCUUCUAACCAACUUUGGCCAAGAGUUCUUACGUUUCAUUUAAGUGCGUGUGCAUAUACAUAAUUUCUUAUGCAUUUAUCUAUUAAACUGGUAAUAUAAAACAGUGCAGUAUGUAAUUUGUAACAACAAAUAUAUCUUAUAUAUGUUUAUGAUAUACAUUUCCUUUUAAUGUAUCUAUCUUUGUAAACAUAGCAGUGCAACAGAAUAACGUUGGUAGUCGGCGCACUGUGUUUUUUUACCGAAGAGGGUUUUCGAUUGAUCGAAGCUAUUAACCGCAGUUCACCUCUCUUCAGGCCUUUGCUGGCAAGUCUCUCACUCAUUACCUCCGUCCGUAAAUACCAUAUUUGUUGUCUAGCCCGGUGAGGACCGUGGCAGAAAGAAGUAUUUUGUGUUCAGGUUUCCUAACACGAGGAAGCAGAUGGGAAGGGACACGUAUUUCAGACAUUGACCGGGCAGGGUGCACAUCUCCCUGUUGGGGUCAGCCAGCGCAGCACCAGGAAGAACGGUUCUGGGGUGCGUGCCUGGAAGCCUGGCGUAGUUUGACCCCAUCAGAACUGUUCCCCUCUUCUGCGCACCUUAUUGCAGAGCCUUAGGCUUGCUUCCAGCCCGUCAGGACUCUGCGUUUACAUACUCUGCGCACUGCUCUCUCGAAACAUAUUUUAAGUAAGGAGUUUGGUUUUG